GUAUGAUGUAUGUUCAUACAUAAAGCUCAGUGAAAAUUGUCAGUGAAAAUUUUUAUGUUGGAACAUAAUCUCAGAAGAGGCUCCGCCUAUAUAUUAUAUGUCUAUAAAUUUUUAAAAAAUUUGGGUAGUAGGAUCCGAGUAUACAAAACGCAAGCAAAACGAACAGACCUUUUGUCGCGAUUGCGAUUAUUGUUAGACUCACAUGAAAAUGGCCAAGAUGAUAUCUUAUUUCGACCUAACCAAAAUUUUCCCAGAAUAUCCUUUAUCGUGUAUAAUAUGUGAAUUUAUUUCUUUUUCCUCAACGCGAUCUAAUAUAGAUAACAGAUACGGCUGUAAUCCUUAUAUCAUUGCUAUCGCCAACUGCUCUACGUCAUCAUGCCUAUAUAUUCACUGUUGAAAGCUGAUAAAAUGAAAAAAAUGCGACUUUCAUCUCGUCGUAAAAAAUAUCGCAGCAUUACGCAUUUGUGGUUAGAUUCCUUAACAGACGAAACAUUUGUUAUUCAAAACAAUGAAUUAGUGAAAUUUGCUGCACAAUUUGCGAAUAAACUCAAAGUGUCUUUCAGUCUCCAAUCAAUGAGAUGGAAAGGUACAAAGUACAAUAAGAUUUCAGCAGAUGAAAAUGAGGCACAAGCUGCAUCCAAUUUUUCGGAAGCUGUACAAGAUAAUAUGAAAGAUUUGACACAGCAUGGAAAUAUGUCGCAAGUCUCUUUGAAUCCUACAUCAAAAGCUAUAAAUCAUCUUAGUACUGUGCAGUGUAAAAAUAUAUUUAUGAAAACAAAAAGAAAAGAAGAUGGUAUUUUGAUAUCUACUAACGACGAAUGGAAAACUAAUAGUUUAGUUACAGAUCAGGCCAUCAUGCAUGAUAAAUUGACAAGGAAAUGUUGGAAGAAAAAUGAAACAAAAACACAAGUAACGACAAUAAUAAAUGAAUCAAGUACGGAUAAUAUAUCAAAGGAACAUUAUUAUAAGAGCAAGGAAAUUAUAAAAAGCAAGACAGUACAAAAAGAAAAAAAUCCACAGAAAACAUUGAAAACAAAGCAAAUAUUUUCAGAUUAUAUAUCUUUAUCAAAAAUGAAGAAAAUUUUGAAAAAGCAAACUUUUAACAAUGUACAAUAUGUAAAAGGAAAUCUUCGUGUGAAUCCUACUUCUUGUAAAUAUGCUUACUUACGUAUGGAAAAUGAUGAAGAGCGCGAUUUGUUAAUUAUUGGUACCCAUAACAGAAAUCGUGCUUUUAAUGGAGAUUUAGUUGUAGCGCAUGUAAAUCUUGAAAAAUAUUGGUAUAAAUUUCCCAAUGGGCAAAUACAAAAAACUGGUAAAGUUGUUUGUAUAUUAGAGAAAGUACAUUCAAGAAGAGCAAUUGGAUACUUGAGAAAAAAAGAUUCCCUUGUACUGUUUCAUCCAAAAGAUCAAAGAAUACCAUUGGUAGUUCUUGAAUCGAUACCAUCUUUAUAUCAUAGCCAACCUGAGCUUUACAAGAAUAUGAUGUUUCUUGUUAAUAUCGAUUCCUGGGAACAGUUAUAUGCAUCUGGACGAAUUCUUUCGGUAGUCGGUGAAACUGGCGAAAUAGAAACAGAAUUACAGGCAUUAAUACUUGGACAUAAUUUAGAUGUAUCACCAUAUCGAAAAGAGUUAUUGGAAGAACUGCCAGGUAGUGAUUAUAUUUUAACAGAUGCUGAUAUAAAGGAUAGGGAAGAUUGGAGGCAUGAAUGUAUUUUCACGAUAGAUCCUGCAACAGCUAUUGAUAUGGAUGAUGCCAUUUCUUGUAAAGUCUUGGACAAUGGAAACUAUGAAGUUGGAGUGCAUAUAUCGGAUGUUACACACUAUUUAAAAUUUUUUUCCCCGCUAGAUAUGGAAGUUUCUAAACGAGCUACUAGCAUUUAUUUGCCACAUACCACAUACCACAUGUUACCUGAAAAGCUCUGUCAAAUCUGUUCCUUAUCAGCUGGUGAAGAUAAAUUAGCUUUUUCCAUAAUCUGGGAAAUGACAUCAGAUGCUGAAAUUGUGAAACAUCGUUUUGCAAAAACUGUAAUAAGGUCAUGUUGUCAAAUGUCCUAUGACAUGGCUCAAGCCAUGAUUGAAAAUCCAGGAAAGAGUCAGUUCAAAGAUUUUCUCGAUACAAAAGGAAAUUACACAAUGUCGUCAUUGUCCAAUAUAGUGAAUAAUUUAUUUAAAUUAUCCAAUCAAUUGCGAAAUAAACGAUUUGAUAAUGGUGCACUCAGGUUAGAUCAACCAAAGUUACAGAUAUGUAUGGAUACCAUGCUCAGUCAAGAACACAAAAUCCCAAUGCCUGUAAAUUAUCGUCUAGAGGAAAAGAAAGAUAGUAACAGUCUUAUAGAAGAAUUUAUGCUGCUAGCAAACAUAACAGUUGCUGUAAAAUUGUAUACUGCAAUUCCUGAAACAGCUUUAUUACGUAUUCAUAGAGAUCCGUCCAAAUAUUCUCUUAAUACAGUUUGUGAUACAUUGCGAAAAUAUGGAAUUCAUUUGGAUGGCGAAACAGCUAAAAACUUACAGGCCAGCAUCCGUCGCUAUGAUCCAGAAUAUAAUGCUACCUUAGUUAAUAGUUCUAUGAAAUACAUUAUGAUGGUUAUCAUAAAUUUGUGUUCAAAAUCUAUGACGCGUGCGGAAUACAUAUGUACAUCUACCAUUUCUUCAUUGCAAGAUUUGAGACAUUACGCAUUAAAUGUGCCGCUUUACACACACUUUACCUCUCCUAUUCGUAGAUAUUCCGAUUGUAUAGUUCAUCGUUUGCUUUAUGCAGCAAUAGAAGAUAAAUCUUUAUCAAAGGAAUGGACAGCUAAGUUGUGUUCAAAGCUUGCAGCCAAUUGCAAUGAAAAGAAGUACAGUGCAAAACUAGUGCAAGAACAGAGCAUAGAAUUAUUCUUUGCAUAUAUGGUGGGUCUUGCAGAUGGUUUUGAAACUUUAGCUACUGUAUUGUAUGUGAAGGAAGAAGGAAUAGAAGUUAUUCUCUGUGAUACUGGCAUAAAAUUAAAAAUAGACCUUAAAGAAAUGGAAUAUACUGUCACGGUAGAGUAUGUAGUGAAUUAUGUACCAACUAUAAUUGUUAAAUGGAAAAAACCUUCCAUUGAACAGGAGAUUAAUUUAUUCAGUUUGGUACAUGUACGAGUAGAGAAAAUUAAAGAAGAAUUGCGCUUAAAAGCAACUCUUCUGCCACCGCCACAGUAAUAGACGAAAAUUUAUAUUUUCAUAUAAUUUUUUUUAUAUCAUUGACUGCAUGAUAUUUAUAUCAUGUGAUAGAAUUAUUACAAUGACGAUAAAUUUUCUAAUAAUAUAUACAUAAAGUGAGGUAUCUGUGUAUGUAUCAUUGAAAUUAUAUUAAAUCGACGAAUUUGGAAGAUCACAGAUUACAUGUACAUAUAAUUAUUCAAAAUAUAGAAAGCACAGAGAG